UUCUUGGCAUGCUCCGACGUUGCUCAGUAGCUCACUUCUGUGAGGACAGCCUAUUUCCCCUAGUACUUUGAAGAUAGUCCGAAUCACCUUGGAUCCUUUCCAGGGCCUUUCUAAACUACAGUGGGCACUCAGCACCUUUUCAAGAAAAGGACGCAGCUUCUUGUCUCCCUUUGGCUGAACGGGGAAGGUCCAGAGUAAUUGAAUUGGUUAUGGAGAUUUAUUAGCCAGGAUAUUUUACACCAAAAACAGAAAAUCUAAAUCUCAGUCAUUUCUCGAAAAACAAGAAAAUCCCGCAAAAAUCACGUCUGAAAUCUCGCAUGGCAGCAGUGGGCGCUUAGCGCCAAGGAGCAGCAGUGCUUCAGAGCUGUCCCAGCUAGCAAGCGGUGGCCUCCGCCUGCCCGUUGGGCUUUCAGGAUCUACCAGGCUUCAUCAGCUUGCCACCUUAAGCAUGAAGGAGGGAGUGGACUGGAUCAAAGUCCAUCUGCUGGAUCUACUCUUUCGUUCUUGGAGAGCAAAUGGUUCCUGGUUGUCCUUUCAAAUAGUCUUGUGCAGAGGCAGAUGCACCCUACUUGUCUAGCCUGCAAACUUCCCACAGCCCCUGAAACUCACAAGCCUUCCACAAGACCAGUUUCUCCCAGUCCUUUGCUCAGAGGCCUCUCUUCUAACCUGGCUCUACUCUGCCUUGCUUCCCGCGCUGGGGCUCUGCUGUGCCCGGGCGCUGGUCUCUGCCCCAGCCUGGAGCGCGGGCUCUCCCGCGGCGGCACUGGGCAUGCUCAGAGGCGGCGGCGGGGGCAGGUUGGCCUCGCAGGCGCUAGCACUCCGCGGCUGGCGGGCGGGAGGGCGGCGCGGCUGCAGCCUGAGCUCCUGCGCCUGAGUUGGAGUUGCCGGGAGUUUUCCCCUCCCUCUUCGCGCGCGCAGCAAGAGCCCGCGCGCGAGCCGCGAGCAGCAGCUAGCCGGCGCCCGGCAGCCCACCCCUGUCCGGAGCCCGGAGCCCCGCGCGGGGCAGCCCCCGGGGAGGAGCCUCACCCGCUGGGACGCGCGCCACGCGCUGGCACCGCCGGGCCGCCCGUCCGGCUGCACGAAAAUUCACAGCGUACCCUCCUCGCUUGCUCUACAAUGAGUGCCAAAUCUGCCAUCAGCAAGGAAAUUUUUGCACCUCUUGAUGAAAGGAUGCUGGGAGCUGUCCAAGUGAAAAGGAGGACAAAGAAAAAGAUUCCUUUCUUGGCAACUGGGGGUCAAGGAGAAUAUUUAACUUAUAUCUGUCUAUCAGUAACAAACAAGAAGCCCACGCAGGCAUCUAUCACAAAGGUCAAGCAGUUUGAAGGCUCCACGUCAUUUGUCCGAAGAUCACAGUGGAUGCUUGAGCAGCUUCGGCAGGUUAAUGGGAUUGACCCUAAUCGGGAUUCUGCAGAAUUUGACUUGUUGUUUGAAAAUGCUUUUGACCAGUGGGUAGCCAGCACAGCCUCAGAGAAGUGCACCUUCUUCCAGAUUCUCCACCACACCUGCCAGAGGUACCUCACAGACCGGAAGCCAGAGUUCAUUAACUGCCAAUCCAAAAUUAUGGGAGGAAACAGCAUCCUCCAUUCAGCUGCCGAUAGUGUGACCAGUGCUGUACAGAAGGCGAGCCAGGCCUUGAAUGAGCGCGGGGAGCGGUUAGGCCGAGCAGAGGAGAAGACAGAAGACUUGAAGAACAGUGCCCAGCAGUUUGCAGAAACUGCACACAAGCUUGCCAUGAAGCACAAAUGUUGAAAAACUGCCUAUCCUGGUGACCCUCGAGAGAAGUGGAAGAGUUGUUCAGCAGUUUUUACAAGAAUUCUGGACCUCCACUUGCUUUUCUCCCCUGAUAUAGGGACAUUUAGGGGUGUUUGUAUUGUUUUGUUCUUCAUUUUCAGGUGUUAAUAUGGAUGAAAAUGUGUUAUGUUUAUACAUUUCCCUAAUAACCUGGCUUUAAAAAGUGCAACAAUAACAUCAGGUUCAUUUUAAUUUUUUUCUGUGUAUGUGUGUGUGUGCGGGGGGGGGGUGUAUUUGGAUGUUUUCUUUUUCAAGAAGAAAUUGUUUUGAAGUUUGGAUAUAAAAUUUGGACCAAGUGAUAAACUGAGCUGGUCUAAACUGGCAAUAUGUAUUCUUUCUCGCUGAUACCAAGCAAGAAGAAAUUUCAAUGUGGUGACAUCAGAUAUUAUUGUUCCUGGAUGAAAAUAAAAGUCAAGCAACAAUUGGCUUCACUCUCACUCUUAGAACUCUUAAAUUGAAGAGCAAAAUUAGAAUUCUGUAUCAUGAGAAAGAAGUCUGUAUUAUGAAAAACACUUGGAUUUAUCAUCAGAAAUAGCAGUCUUAGAUAUUUCUUUUUGCAUACUAAUCUAUUGCAUGAACCAUUACCAGUGUGCAAAAACCAAAUCAGAAUCACAAAUAGGAAUCUACUUUCUGAGCUACAGCUUAACUACUUCUGCUCUCUCUUUCCAGGGUGGUAAUUUGAAAUUACCACAUGAACAAUGAAAGUUUGAGAGUUCCGACUCAACGAAAAGCCUACUUAAACACUGUGUCUUCAGAGAUGUUUUUCUUUUGUCAUUGUCCUAAAUUACAAUAGCUGGUGUUGGAAUGAGCUUGGAUUUUCAUCAAAAAUUGAUUUGUCCAGAUAAAAUGUCUGUGUAAAAGAUAUGUGCAUAGAUACUACAGUUAAAAUCCCUUUUGUCUUACUUUUACAAAGCCAUGCCCAUUUUAGAGACACCCUCAAAAUGUCCUUCAGAAAGUUUUGUAUUAUGUGACUUUUGAAGGUUUGAAUUUCGUUUUUGUGCCAUUUAAUACGGAUUCUUCUUGACAAAUUGCAUAUAAUGACAACUGCAGCUUGCCUAAUUGAACCACGAGUUACGUCAUAAAGCCUUUAUGUUGUUGCCAAAUGGAGUAGAGUUGCUCACACACCUUGUGUUUGUGUGUUGCUCAGGAUGACCCUGCAUUUCCAGUCUGGAAGCUUUGUUUCCAAGAAGGUACAAUGCUAAACAAAAAGCUGUGCUUGUUUCUUAUGAAUCAAGGAGGCAAAGCCACACAUCUCAGAUACACUGUCAGACUCUCACUGCAGGACCUUGAUCUUUAAACUGCAUGAGUCCUCAGGACCCCCCCCCCUUCUGUUCUUUCUAAUUCAAUGAGCCUGUGAAGUUUAUGUGUACUGUAGUCUUUUAUGCAGCACAUAAGAUGACUUUCAGCUUAUCAAUCCUCAUAGUUUAAACUCUCCUGAUAAAGCAUACCCUACAGAGAUAGAAAGUUUGUCUGUUGGAAAAUUAAAAUCACAGGCAGGAUAUAUCAAAAGGAAAAUGGAUUUGCUGAAGACAAAUUUCUUAAUCCUCUUAGAUACAAUCCAAUUCAAGAAAACUCUAUAAACUUUAUAUAGUAAACUGUGAAAGUUUGCUAUUUUUUUUCUUUUGAAAAGUUUGAAGACAUAUAGAGCAUGUCAUUUCAUGAGUGCCAAGAGAAGAAUUUAUAGUUUCUAAGAAAACUCCCAAAUAUCAAUCCAAAUAGGUUUUGAUGGCAGACUUGAAUUCUGAAAACCCACAGAUGCACACACACAGCUACAGAUACUCAUCUUCUCAAAUUAGAUUCUGGUUCCUGAGAUAGACAUGCAGUAUAAAUAAUUGAAAGAAUAAAUCUAUAACCACUCGACUGUUGGACAAACUCAAGAAUAAAAUUGGAUGCCAACUAUCUAAAAACAGUGUUUGGGUAGCAGAAGAUGAGGCCCUAAGCAUACUGUGAAAUCUGAGAUUCUUCCUCCCUGGUAGAAUCCUAAUAUGUACUUGUCAUAAAGGUAAGUGUUCCAUAUCUUACCCUCUUUCCUCACUCUGCUUAUCUUUUUAGAUCUAAACCUUACUGGACAUACAGAGCCUGAAUUAGAAGAAAGCAUAUCUAAAUCUUUAUUAGUGUCCUCUGCUAAUUAGUUCCAGUCAGUUUUCGUAUCCCUGGGCUCCCUGUGUCAAAGUACUCCUUGGCCUCUGAACAGAGGCUAUAGUAUCAAUGUAUAACCCUCUUCUACCUUCCAGCCCCUUGCAGAGGAUCCCUGUGAUAAGCUCCUUGCUAUCCUUUUGUAGAAGGUGCUGUGAUAUAACUAUUAAUAUGAUCUGACCUAGAGAAAAAAAAAUGCUAAAAUGACUCAUCUUAUUUGGGACCAACACAUUUGGUGGAGCUUGCUAGACAGUGUUGAAUUUUUCUGUUUUAUUUCUGCACUUCACUAUGGAAUUUUUGUGAAGAAGUUCUCAAAUCGUAUUGCUACAGUAAAGAAAAGAAUCUUUGUAGUGCUACUUCUCCCUGGAAAAUAGCUGUAGUAUUCUUCAAUAGUAUUAUUAGGUAUCUGUGUACAGGAAGUAUGCAGUUAUUCAGGUUAAUGUUUCAUUUUAAAGAAUGUAUCUGUAAAAUUUAACAAGAUCAGUAGUUAACAUUUUUUAAGCUCUGCAAAAAUUAGGAUUAUGUGUUAGACUUAAAAUUAUAGUGAAAUCUGUCCUAGUACAUUUGUGGAUAGGAGAGAUUGUACAUUUAUGUAAGAGUAUUUUAAGAAUGCCCUGAAUGAGGGAUAUUAAAGAUAGGUUUCACCUGUAAUGUUCAGAAUUGUAACACUGCUAGUGUCUGUUGUACAGUUAUCAAUUCUUCAGAAGUUCUCUAAGAUGUCAAACAAUUGUUUAUUCAGAGACCAGUAACAACUACUCUGUUGAUUCACUACUACAGUAAACUUUAAUUUUUGUCAUUAAAUAUUUUAAUUCUGUGGUGAAA